UUUGACGUUUGGCCCGAAUCCAGGCGGUGAGCGGCCACAGAGAGGGUCAAUGCUCCCGCUGGUUUCCUCGCUGCGCCCGGGAGGCGUGGUGGGUGGGCGCUCCCGGGUUGAGGCCCGAUCAGGUGAGGGCUCCAGAAGCUCCAUGAAGAAGCAGGAAAUAGGAGUCCCUUAGCUCUGGUUUCGCUUUCCGGACAUAAGUUCUUUUUACCUGCAGCAGGUGACUAGCGCUGGCCGCGGGACUCCCCCGCGUCUCCGCCCCCACUCCCGUUCCGGAAUCACUCGCUCACCUCUCGUCCCAUUCACCCCGGCCCUCCUCCUACUCUCCCACCGCCCGGGUCUCCGCGCUGAACUCCGUGAUUGCGGAGAACUGGUCUCUCGGCACGCGCGGAGCUGGGGGACCCAGGGGCUAAGAACAGCGCGGAUGGGCGGGGACCUGUGCCUGACUGGCUGGCGAGGAGGGGGAAUGGCGGGGGCGGAGGCCCCCUCCCGGCGGCGCUGAGGCUGUAGCAGUUAGAGGCCGGGAGGGGAGGGGAGGGGAGAGUGACAGGGAAAGAGGAGAGGAGCCAAUGUAUAUAAGGAAGGCUCCCGAGCGCGCAGGUUUCAGUAGCGGCGCUGAGCGCAGGCUGGGAUCUCGAGGCCGAGAGCGGCAGCUCCAGCCGCCUCAGAGCAGAGGACGCGGGCACUAGCCGGCUUGCAGCCCCAGGAUUAGCCAGAGGACACAUCCUCAACGCGGCCGCCGCCCAGCCGUCCUCACCUGGAUAACCUACCGCGGCAAUUUGAGCGGACCUAGCGGGGAGCCGAGGCAGGAGGAAGACUCCGAGCGGAGCCUGGCUUUUCAGAGACUCCUCCGCGGGUGGACGCACGGGGAGGCGGCGUCCCGAACCAAGCCAGCUUCAGGGCGGGCGGGUGGAGAGAGCGACGCCCCAGGGAAUGGCAGCCGCCUCCAGUAGCGCGUCUGGUUGGGCGCUACUGUUGCUGGUGGCACUUUGUCAGCAGCGCGCGGCCGGCUCCGGAGUCUUCCAGCUGCAGCUGCAGGAGUUUGCCAACGAGAGAGGCUUACUGGCCAGCGGGCUGCCCUGCGAACCCGGCUGCCGGACCUUCUUCCGCGUCUGCCUGAAGCAUUUCCAAGCGGUCGUCUCGCCGGGGCCGUGCACCUUCGGCAGCGUCUCCACACCUGUGUUGGGCACCAACUCCUUCGUGGUCCGGGACGACAGUAGCGGCGGAGGACGCAACCCUCUCCAGUUGCCUUUCAAUUUCACCUGGCCGGUGAGCACAGCCUGGGCGCACUGGGAGGUCACGAAAACCAAGAGGUGGCGGGGGCGGGGGGUCCCUGAGACCAAAGCCUUCUCCCCAGAUUUCCUUGCUCCCCUACGAAACAAAACAAGAGGCGGUCUCUUCUGAUCCUUUCUUUCGACUCUCUCCUGGGACCUCAUCCUUUGAAAGGCUCUCCCCAGUCUCCCUUUCCCAGUUCUACACCCUCUCUUCUCCCUGUUCUUGGGAUAUGAUUUUUAUCAUCCUCGUGCGUCCCC